AUGACUACUUUAGCCGGUUUAAAAAGUCAUGAUUCUAUAUUGUCCAAAUUGGACACAUUCAAACGGCGCAAAAAGGAACGCAUGGAAGUGGAGGAAUUGACAAAGGAAAGUGACCAAGCAAUUAAAAUUUCGACCAAUCCGUCAAUUACGAAUGAUCCAAAAGAUUACGAAUUGCAAGAAGGUGAAGAACGUUCGUUUUUGGAGAAAUCCUCUCAACAUUCACUAGCCGUACAGGAAUUGUCGGAAAAACUGCUGUCCUGGAUCAACAAUGAGUUAGCCGAUGAACGUAUCCUGGUCCGAGAUUUGCAAGAAGAUUUGUACGAUGGGCAAAUCCUGCAAAAGUUGGUUGAGAAGUUGGCGAAUGUCAAACUCGAUCAUCCGGAAGUGACACAAUCCGAAAUCGGGCAAAUUCAACGACUAAAAGAGGUAUUGUUCACCAUUAACGAAUUUCUCCGUGUCCCAGCCUCCUGGGUCGCACAACGAUGGUCUGCUGAACGCAUUCAUCAGAAGGAUUUAGUCGCCACCUUGCGAUUGCUUGUCGCAUUAGCUCGACAAUUCAAAUCGGAAUUGCAUUUUCCACCGGGCAUUUUCCUCACCGUUAUUAUUGCGAGGAAAUUGAACGGUAAAUUGGAAUAUCGUUAUGAACGGGAGUAUAUUACUGAGGUGACUGGACCCGAAGCCGCUGGACAUCCACUUGAUGUACUGUCCGAGCACCAUAUGGUCGUGCAAACUUUGAAGUUGUUUGUCAAUUCCCAGCUAAAUCAAUUGCAGCUCGAGGUGUCCGAUAUGGCCACGGGAUUCUCUGACGGCGUUCUACUCAUUCUGCUAACCGGGCUCUUGAAUGGCUAUUUCGUCCCAUUCUAUGCAUAUCACCCUACUCCGACCACGGAGGCGAUGCGUAUCCACAAUGUGAAACUCGCUUUCGAUCUGAUGCAAGCGUCCGGUCUGGCGGAACCACCCGCGCAACCGGAGGAGAUUGUGGCUGCCGAUCCAAAAGCGAUUCUCCGUGUACUGUAUAACAUCUAUUCGCAUCAUCAACGUAUGGAAGAUGAACGACGUUAUGAGAUUCAGAAUAUACGUGAACAGGACGAGCCGGAGGAAACCACGGCGGUCCGUACACAGUCCAAUGCAGAUCUGUUGUGA